AUGCAUAAAGUGCAGAUGCUUCAUAAACAACACAAGUUCUUUCUGAUAGCUUUAAUGGAACCAUUCCAACAUUUUAAACGCAUACAACAGCAUAAGAGGAAACUUGGUAUGCAGUAUGCAAAUUUUAACUGCAAUGGUAAAAUAUGGUUUUUUGUUAAUGAUAAUAUAGAUAUGGAUAUUCUAGAGACUACUGAGCAACAGAUCACUAUCAAAUUGUAUUUCCAUGAUAUGGAUAAAACUAUGGUAGUCAAAGUAGUCAAUGCAAAAUGUGAUGCUACUGAUAGAUUAGCUCUAUGGGAUAGUCUGUAUUGUAUGUCUAAUGGGAUGACAUCACCUUGGCUAUUAGGAGGUGACUUUAAUGUGAUCAUGAAUGAGGACGAGAGGAUUGGUGGGCUACUUCUUUAUCCUCAGGAAUAUGAAGACUUUACUUUUUGUAUUAAUUCUUGUGAGUUGUCAGAAAUUAGCUUCAAAUGUAGUCCUUUUACAUGGUGGAAUGGAAGAACUAAUAAGGAGUGUAUUUUUUAA